AUGGCGAAUGAUAAGAGUGAGGCGAUUAUCAUCGUGACGUCCAUCUUUCUUGCCCUGUCCUUGCUUGCAGUCAGCCUUCGAUGCUAUGUCCGACUACAUCUCAUCCGAGCCUUUGGAGCGGAUGACUAUAUGAUGGUCCUUGCGAUGGCCUUCAAUCUUGCAUUCGCUAUCUGUGGCAUUGCUGGCGGCUCAACGGGGCUUGGAAAGAAGAUGAACUAUUUUGCGGAUAAACCGACUGACCUGAGAGACUCGUUGCGCUUCUGGUGGCUUGGGCAGGUAUUCUACGCUUUGACGGGCACCGCCGGCAGGACUUCUAUUGCGAUUUCACUUCUGCGUAUCACCAUCGUCCGCGCACACCUGAUCAUUAUCUAUGCGACAAUCGCCUUGAGUAUCGCGGUUGGUCUACUUUUCUUCUUCGCGACCCUUGUCGAAUGCCGCCCCAUCCAUUACGUCUGGGAUUAUGGAAUGAAGUCUCCACACUGCGUCAGCAAGGACUUUCUUCUGGAUAUCGUCUAUACCCAUAGUGUGAUUGCUGCUUUGUGCGACCUCACCCUAGGUAUUCUACCUCUUUUCAUGAUCUGGAAGCUGCAGAUUAAUAGACGUGCGAAAUUCUCUCUCGGAGCCAUCCUUGGAUUGGGCUGCUUGUGA